AUGACAUAUUUCGAUUCAACAUCAGCAUUCGAGAAAGAUUUCGAUGAACAAACGAAUGAUGAAGAUUUUCUUAUUGCACUUCAAUUACAAAAUCAAUUUGAUAAAGAAGAAAAAGAAAAUGAAGAACAAUUAGAUAAAGUCACACAGAUUCAUCCAAUGAAUGUUGUUGAUAAACAAUGGGAAUUAAUCGAUCCAAACCCAGAUAUUUAUACAUUAUUUCAACAAUUUAAUCAUCAAUUUUUCUAUGGAAAAUUAGAUAGUGUUUAUGUCGAAUGGAGUAAACGAAUGACACGUUGUGCAGGUAUAUGUUAUUAUAGACGAGGUGGUGAAUGUCGAAUUGCACUCAGUGCUAGUUAUUUAACAUUAAGACCUCGAAAAGAUCUUGUUGAAACUUUAUUACAUGAAAUGAUCCAUGCUUAUCUAUUUGUUACACAUAAUAAUCGAGAUCGUGAUGGUCAUGGACCAGAGUUUCUUAAGCACAUGGUACGAAUUAAUGAUAUAACUGGAGCUAGUAUUACAGUAUAUCAUUCUUUUCAUGAUGAAUAUGAUCAUCUUCAUGGUCAUUGGUGGCGAUGCACAGGACCGUGUCGUCAAUGGAAACCUUUUUAUGGUUAUGUUAAACGAUCGAUGAAUCGAGUACCAUCAAAUCGAGAUCGAUGGUGGGAUGAACAUGAACGACGUUGUGGUGGUAAAUUUGAAAAAAUAAAAGAACCAGAAAAUUAUAAAACUAAAGACAGUAAAAAACGAAGUGCUAACGAUAUAACAUUAAAUAAAAAUAAUCAACCAUCAACCAGUCAAAUUUCAUCACCAUCAAAGAAAAAGAAAAAGACAACUAAUGAUGUAAUUCCAACUCAUGGUACAAUUGAACGUUUUUUCAAAAAAACAAAUUCUUCAUCUUCUUCAACUGAUAUUAAACAAUCUGAACCGAAGAAGAUUAUCGAUACAAAUUUACAAAAACCAUCGUCAUUCAUAAAAUCAUAUACUCCUGAUAAUGAAAUUAGACAAAAUUAUGUGAAAUGUCCAACUUGUCAAACUUCUUUACCCAAAGCUAAUUUAUUUAUUCACCAAAUACGAUGUUAUAAAUAA